GCACCGGGGGAUGGCGGAGCCGCUCCGCGCUUUCCGGGUGCGCGGGCGCUGCGCCCCGCGCAAAUUCGGGGUGGCGGCGGGGAGCCUGCGCGGGCUGCUCCGGAAGAGCUGCCGGCUGCUGCAGCUUCCCUUGCCAGGCAGCCGCCUCUGCCUCUAUGAGGACGGGACGGAGCUGACCGAGGGCUACUUCCGCGCCCUGCCGCCGCAGAGCGAGCUGGUGCUGCUGGGACCGGGGGAGACGUGGCACGGCUGUGAGUGCACCGGGGCCGGGCGGUGGGGUAGUGCCUGGGAGCGGCCGCUCAGCCCGCGCCGCUUCGUCCUUACCGCAGGUGCCAGCGAUAUCGAGCGGUUCCUCGCCGCCUUCUGCACCCAGCGGGAGGCCGUGGUGGAGGCCGCUCGGAAGCUGCUCAGCGAUGAGCGGGCUCCCAGGAGGCAGAGGCUGCUGGCGGAUCUCAUCCACAACCUGAGCGAGAACAUCCUGGCCGAGGACAAGGAAGAGGAUGAGAAGUGGUUUGAAGGUCUAGAGUCUCGCUUUAAGAACAAGUCAAGCUACAUGCGAUACAGUUGUGAAAGCAGAAUACGGAGCUACAUGAAAGAGGUUAGCAGCUUUAUUUCAAAUGUUCAUCCUACAGCAAGAGAUGAGUAUAAAAGGAUCAUUGACAUGAUGGCAGAUAAAUUGAAAUCUGUGAAAUACAAUGGAUGCUACUUUGACAGAAGGGAGGAGGAGGAAGCAGCCCGCCUGUGCACCACAGAGGGGUGGUUCUCUUGUCAGGGACCCUUCGACAGAGAUGACUGCCCAUGUAAGCAUUCCAUCAACCCCUACAGUAACAGGGAGAGCAGAAUCAUCUUCAGUACCUGGAAUCUUGAUCACAUAAUAGAGAAGAAACGUGCUGUUGUCCCAGAACUGGCAGAAGCUGUCAAAACACAAGAUGGAAGGGAAGUGAACUGGGAAUACUUCUAUCAGCUGCUGUUUACUGUGGAUAAUUUAAAACUUGUACAUAUUGCGUGCCAUAAGAAAACCAAUCAUAACCUCAGCUGUGACAAAACUAAAAUUUACAGGAGAAGAAAGCACAACCACAGGAUUUGAUAGUGCAUCUCUGGAAGUGACUUCAAAAUGUUGAAGUCACUUCAAUAUUUGGUUGGUUUUGAACAGCUCUAGUUUGCUAAAGGACUUAUUUCAGAGUCCCUGCCAAAAGGGACUUGCCAAGUAAUUCAGAUGCCAUCUCACAAAGCAUACAGGUACCUCAUGCAUAAUUCUGCUUUCCUGCUUUCUCACUUCAAGCCUGCCUUCCAUCACACUGUUAAAAUACAGAUGCAAGUCAGUAUAAAACUGAGGCCAGAGGCUGACAGGGAUUAAGCUCUACUGCCUCUCUAGCCAUGACAAACAUAGGUCCGAAAAACUAAUGCUAGAUGCGCAUUUCUCUGAACUUUAAGCCAAACAAAGUACUUCAGGAUAAUUAUUCUGCUCCAUGCCUUUUCCAGGUGAUAACCACUGUAUUUCAGGUGCGCUAAAGGGCGGUUCAGUGACAGAGCUGCUGGCUCUUCUGUGCUGAAACACCCACACUCAUGCAU